UAAACGGGCAUGCAAUGGUUGACAAUAAUGUUUUGAAGAUAGUAAUGGAGUUAUGGGAAGCACGUCUACCCUUCCACUCAUAUUCUAUAAAACUUGUCAUGUUUAUACAAUUAGGCUCGUAUGACACUCCAUCAUUAACCAUCUUCAUUAAGUCAAUACAUCGAAAAAAGUCAAGGGAGAGAUAGAAAGAUGGCGGCGAGGGUGUCGAUGAUGAGCGUAGUAGGGUGGAUGAUGGUGGUGAUAAUGUUGGGAUGCAGCCUCAAAGCAAUAGAAGCAACUACGGAUGAAACAGAGAAAUUUCAUGUGGGUGGCAUAGUUAAAUGCCAAAAUUGUUCUGGGGAUUGGAAUGAAUGGGCUGAAGGUGGAAGACCUAUCGAAGGAGCUAGAGUAUCGAUAACAUGUUUAGAUGAGGGCAAGGGACUAGCAUUUUACAACAGCGACGCGACGGACAAGUAUGGUAAGUUCAACAUGGUGGUAGUCAAGGUAAUACAUGGCAAGAAUUUGAACCCAAAAGAUUGUAUAGUGAGAUUAGUAUCAUGCCCAGAUAAAUCAUGCAAUAUACCAACAGAUUUUGGACAAGGAAAUACAGGGGUGAAACUAAGACAGCCUUCAGUUAUGUUUAGGGAUAAGACCGAAUAUGAUGUUGGUUCUUUUUUUUAUACCACACCUACUUGUGAUGUUAAUCCUGAUGAUGAUACUAAAUCCUACCAAGGCUCAAAAUGAUUUUCGAUCGAUCUUAUGUAAUUACAUAUUAACUUUUUUUGAUUUGUUGUAAAUUGAAAACAAAUCCUUAUGGCUUGUUGUUUUGUUAAGAAUAUUUAGUGUUUAAUUUGUGAAUUAUAAUGAUCGAAUUGGUCAUAUGUGGGAG